AUGGUGACCGGCGGCGCUCCUCGGGAAGGGUGCGGCGACGAGGCGGGGAGGCGGGGUGGCGACAGGGCGGGGAGGGGCGGCGACGGGGCGGGGAGGCGGGAUGGCGACGGGGCGGGGAGGGGACGGGAGGGGGCGGCGACUGUGCGGGGAGGGUGCAGCAGCGACGGUGCGGGGUGGCAGACGGAGGAAAGAGGAGAGGAGACAGAGAGACAGCGCGAUGGCGGGGGCGCGGCCCCGUUAAGUACUGGGCGCGGAGCACGCCUCGAGCCUCUAGAUGAGCAGCGGCCCGCGUCCCCUCGAAUGUCCGCCGAGCCUGCUCACGACGUCCCUCCGUCACCUGGCCUGCCGACGGUGCUGGCCGAGCUGGGCACUACAGGGCUUCCCGAUGCGUCGGUCGAGCUGGCGUCCUCGCCCGAGCUGGUGUCCCCGCCCGUGUCGGCCGAGCGGGCGUCCACUCCUUCCUCGCCCGACCGGUCGCCUGGUGUGACUGGUUCUGUGUCUGGGGAGCAGUUUGCGUCGUCAUCGUCAUCUUCAUCGACCCCGUCUCCGCCGCCACCUCCGCCGCCCUACCGCUAG